AUGGAAGAGGAGAAUGUUACUAGUUCACCUUCAACGCCUUCACAAAGGCUUAGGCAUCGAAGACGUUCUAAUGAGGUUGUAAUGGAUGGGGAUAGAGUGAAUGCAAGUCCUCUGCUAGUUAAUGAUCGGAAUAAGUAUAAGUCUUUCAUGGUCCGGACUUACUCUACGUUAUGGAUGAUUGGUGGUUUUGUUUUGGUUGUCUACAUGGGACAUCUCUAUAUCACAGCUAUGGUGCUUGUUAUCCAAAUAUUUAUGGCUAAAGAGCUUUUUAAUCUGCUGAGGAAAGCACCUGAGGAUAAAUGUCUCCCCUGGAUUAAACAGUUGAACUGGCACUUCUUUUUCACUGCCAUGCUUUUCGUGUAUGGCCGGAUUCUUAGUCAACGGUUAGCCAAUACUGUGACUAAGGACCAGUUCUUAUAUCGGCUAGUCAGUGGCCUAAUCAAAUACCAUAUGGCUAUCUGUUACUCUUUGUAUAUUAUAGGUUUCAUGUGGUUCAUUCUGACGUUAAAAAAGAAGAUGUACAAGUACCAGUUUGGCCAAUAUGCAUGGACCCAUAUGAUUUUGAUAGUCGUGUUUACUCAGUCCUCGUUCACUGUUGCCAACAUAUUCGAAGGAAUCUUCUGGUUUCUUCUUCCAGCAUCUUUAAUUAUAAUCAACGACAUCUUUGCUUAUAUUUUCGGUUUCUUCUUUGGAAGAACACCGUUAAUAAAGCUAUCUCCAAAGAAAACAUGGGAGGGAUUCAUCGGAGCCUCUGUGACCACUAUCAUCUCUGCAUUUGUUCUAGCAAAUAUUUUGGGUCGUUUCCCAUGGUUGACAUGCCCACGACAGGAUUUGUCCACUGGCUGGCUAAGCUGUGAUGCUGAUCCAAUGUUCAAACCUGAACCUUUUACUUUACCUGCGUGGAUUCCAGAAUGGUUUCCUUGGAAGGAAAUGGAGGUCCUCCCUGUUCAGUGGCAUGCUUUAGGCCUCGGUUUGUUCGCAUCAAUCAUAGCACCUUUCGGAGGGUUUUUUGCUAGCGGGUUCAAAAGAGCAUUCAAAAUCAAGGACUUUGGUGAUAGUAUUCCAGGACAUGGUGGAAUCACGGAUAGAAUGGACUGCCAGAUGGUAAUGGCAGUAUUUGCUUACAUAUAUCUCCAGUCAUUUAUAGUCUCCCAAAGUGUUUCGGUUGAUAAAAUCCUGGACCAGGUAUCGGCGAACCUUACCUUCGAGGAACAACAAGCUCUGUUCAUGAAAUUAGGACAAAUGCUUCAGGACAAGGCGAAAAUGAUCGGUUACUAG